AUGGAGGGCGAGGGCGACUGCAUCCUCACCUUCAGCUCGUAUGAAGAAUACGUGAAGAGCAAAAUCACCCCCGCGGAUUUGUUCUACAUCGAAGAUGAACAACUUGUGUUCGAGAUAUUUUCGCUGGGACUCCAAAGUAGAGGAGUACUAAGCUGCGAAGACUUUAACAGUACUUACCAAAAGAACAAGAAAAAAAAUGAAAGUUUGAAGAGAGCGGAGGAAAGGAAAGAAGACAUCGUACAAUACGAUAUAAACUCUCUAACUGACCACACGAUGAGCUUUUUCUAUGCAAUAAAUUGCCACAUGCAUUUCUGUGAAUCAAAUAAAAUAUGUUCCAUCCUUUUCAUCCGUUAUGUCAAUAAAAACAACUCGGAAAUAAGCUCCUACAUAGACAUAAACAGUGAAAAGAUUAGGCAAAAAAUAAAACAGCAAAAGUACAUUUACGCAAGGAAAGAUGACUUGGCAUAUUUUAACUGGCACAAUAAUUACAGCUGUACGAAUGAUAGCGAAAAUUUUCAGAUCAUCGUGAAUAAACAAGUGGGUAUCCUUUUUAAGUACAAGCGUGGUGGGAAGUACUUCACUUUGAACCCUGUGAGGAGGGGGAUGAAGAUUCGGCUGAGCGAUAAUAUAAGCGAGGGUCGUGCUUCCGCUGGGUUGUCUCUUGGGGAGGAGGAAAAAAUGAUAAGUUUGUGCGACGGGGUGGAGCGCGUGGAGCUCCGCGAUGAGAACUACUUGCAGUGCAUCCUGUACACCUUGCGUGUGUAG